AAUACAUAAUUUCACAUGUUUUACUUUUCUACAGAUAAUUUGGAAGGUCUGAGUGAGUCCCAAAUAGCAGGGAAGAAGUUGUUCUUAGUUCAAGGAGACAAACCUCAACUGAUGAACUGGGAGGAGUAUGGACUGAGGAUUAGUGUAGCAGAGGAUAGUCUAUCAGCAUCAGAGACUGUAGAAGUAUCAGUACUAGCUCUUGUAGGAGGACACUUCAAGUUUCCUGAUAAUACUAGACUAGUCAGUGCAGUGUAUGCCAUAUCAACCAGUCCACUCGUCAAGUCAUUGAGGAUAGAAAUGCAACACUGUAUUGAUCUCAGUGAUCCUUCUUUAUCCAAGUAUCUUAAAUUUGCUGUUGCUCCAGUUCACACAGCUAGUCUUCCUUACCAGUUCUCACUAAUUGAAGGAGGGGAGUUUCCAGCAUACCAGAGAUAUGGAUGGAUUGAACGAAGCAAGUUCUGUCAAUUAGCUAUUGUUGGGGAGGAAGAAGAGGAAAACGGAAGAGGUAGGAAUGAGGAGAGGAAUGGAGAGGAAGAUGGAGACUCAGGAGGUGAGGGAGGGCACGGAAAGGGACAGACAACAGGAGGAGAGGGACAAGGAGCUGGAAGAGAAGAAGGAGGAGCAGGAGGAGGAGUAGUAGCUGAGCAUCAGCAGCAAAAAGAAGACAAAAGACAAGUAGAGAGUCAAUUAAGCCAAGAAAAGAACAAUCAUGAGAAAAAAGAGCAUGACGAUGAAGGAAGGGUAGGAAAAAAAUUAUUACAGGAGAAAAAAGGUGAGCAGUAUAUUGAGGAGUAG